AUGGACGUGUUGCACAAAAUUGCGAAAGCCUAUUAUGAAACUGCCACUAGGGAGAAUAAAGAUUUAGGACAACUAUUUUUUAAGAGCAUGGAUCAGGACGGGGAUGGCCAAGUAAGCCUUCACGAGUUCUUGUCAUUUAUGAAGAAUGAGGGUCACAUAGAAAUGGCACGUCGCAGCUUCUUCGAAGAGCUAAACAAAAAUGGAAGUGGAAAACUUGAUUUUAUGGAAGCCAAUAUGUACACAGGCAUAAAAAAAUUCUUGGAUAACUAUGUUUUGCUUGAAACAAAGAGGUUAGAUGCUUUGAAGGAGAAGAAAGCUGCAAAGAAGAAGCAGAAGCUUGAAGCCGAAAAGCAGAAGCUUGAAGCUGAAAAGCAAAAAUUGUUGCAGGAUCGAACCCCAAUACCUGUUCAUGGAAGCCAGCCAAUGGUAGUUUACAAUCCGCGUCAAGGAAAUGAAGGUGGUCCCAGCCGGAGCCGUCUCCAGCGGUCACAUUCUCAACCAGACAGCCAAUUAUGCCAUUUCUUCAAGAUUAUCUUUCCUAGCACACUGAUAGCCAAGAAGCUGUAUCCACGUAUGCGACCAACUAGAGGUGAGGAGAUUAAUCAUGCUGAAAAAUGCUCAUUCCAUGAUGAAGAUGAAAUGAAAGAUGAAGGCUCUGUUGAAAGCUUGGAUACCCACUAUUGUCGUGCUGUGAAAAGUAGAGUUUUUGAUGAGAAUUCUAGAAAAAGAAUGUCAAGCAAAGGGCACAGUCCAUCAUCAGAGAAACCUUUAAAGACAGAGCAUCUUGAGAUGACUCGUAUAGAUGGUACUAGUGAAUCAAGGAGAGGGAAGUUGUUGAAAAAACAUAGAAUUUCUAGCCCCCAUGGAGAAACCAAAGCCAAUAAAAGUAAAACAAAAUCUGAACUCGGUGAAAACGAGUUGUUGCCGGAAAGCGAAAAUAUAGAAUUUGUCCCUCGUGGAUUUGCAAGGGCAUCGGAAAAAAGCAAGAGGGCAAUUCAUGCUGCCAGAAUGUUCAAGCCUAAAAAUCCUUCUUUCAUGGUUAUGUUGCAGCGAUAUACUUUCUAUAACCAUUUUCUGUACGUACCACUUGAAUUUGCUCAAAGACAUAUGAUUGAUGCUCCUCGGUGUAUUAAACUUCAAGUUUCCGAUGGAAGAGAGUGGCCUAUACAAAUCAACAGAAACCAAUGUCGGUAUCUGCAUAUCUCAAAGGGAUGGUAUGAAUUUUCCAAGGAAAAUAAUCUGAAGAAGGGAGAUGUAUGUGUCUUUGAGCUAAUCAACAAAAAGAAAUUCGUGCUGAAAGUUGAAAUUUUUCGCGAAUCCGAAGCCAAUGUGCCUUCGGAUUAG